AUGUAAAAAACUUAAACAAAUAGAUUGAAUAAAGAAUUGCAGGACUUCAACGAAAGAUAAAAAAAAGGAGAAGAUUCUGGAAUUUCAAUUUUGUUGGUUGAUUAAAAUAUUACUCAUUGGAAAGGCUUUAUAAAUGGACCAUCUGAUACACCUUACGCUAAUGGUUACUUUUAGGUUGACAUAGUGAUUCCUCAAGAAUAUCCAUACAAACCUCCAAAAAUGAAGUUCGACACUCGUAUUUGGCAUCCCAACAUCUCUUCUUAAACUGGGGCUAUUUGUUUGGAUAUAUUAAAAGAUGAGUGGUCACCUGCGCUUUCUAUACGUACAGCUUUGUUAUCACUUUAGGCAUUAUUGUGUGAUCCAUAACCAGAUUCCCCAUAAGAUGCUGUAGUAGCCAAUCAAUACAAAACCUAAAAAGAUUUAUUUGUUAAAACAGCAAAAGAAUGGACAUAAAAUUAUGCUUCAAAAAAUAAGUAAGAGGAGAAGGUGUAAAAUUUAGUCAAUUUAGGGUUUGAAGUAGGCAAAGUUAGGGAAGCUCUUCUUAGAUUUGGAUAUGAUGAAGAAUAAGCAGCAAACUUUCUUUUGGGAGGUUGAUUAAUGUUUAAUACAAAAAAUAAAUAUUAUCUUUUAUUAAAUCAGUCUCAA